AUGACAUUAAAGAAAAUCGUGAAAAUGUCAACAAAAUCCCAAAUAACUACAGAAUUAAGCGAGAGCAUCGGAAAUGUAUUGGGAAAAAAUGUUAAAAUACUCUAUAAGUCACUUAUUCGUAUGGAAUCAAGAGGGGAUAAAGUGGAUAACCGCGUUUUGGUAGUAACUGCUUAUAGAGUAUUUAUAACAACAACCAAAGUGCCAACGAGGAUUGACAAUGGAUUUCACUUAAUGGAGAUUGAGGCUCUCGAGAGCAAGAAAAAUAAUCAUUUGUCAAUAACUCUCAUUCAUGAACACAAGCCCGUCUCAAUCCUCAUUGGCGAAGAAGGUUCGUCGGAAGGAGUUAUUAAUGCUAUCCACGCUUUGAUCGCAGCAUUUGAUGACUUAUUUCCUAAUGUUGCGAUGGAGGACAUUGUUGCCAAGGUAAAUUUACCAUUUCCUCUACAUCCCAUUUGUGGUACAAGAAAACAUUCAACAUGUGGUGAUUUCUCUAAUCAAUACGCGGCCAUGUGUGACCUAUGUCAGACGCCAUUUAGAGCCGAGGUUGCUUGGGACAUUGACACAAUUUAUCUAGCACAUGACAUAAGAAUGCUGCAUCUCAAAGAUUUUGAUCAUUUAGAUCAAAGAGAUCUGAUCCCUUUGGUGAUGGCGCUCCAACACAACACGUGGUUCGAGGGUGUGUGCGGGGACGGCGUGCGUGUGGGGGGGGAGGCGUGGGAGGCCGUGGGGCGCCUGCUCCGCUCCGCUUGCCCCCCGCCGCGGAGACUCUCCUGGAGGGGCGCAGCCCUGAGACACGACCACGCGGCGCGCCUAGGACACGCGCUCGCUCGGGCGCCGCGACCACCAGCCCUACACACCAUCGAUCUAUCACAGAACCAUAUCGAGGAUAAGGGCGCCAUCAGUAUCCUGUCGGGUCUGUCCAACAACCCCAGCGGUCUCCGCUCGCUGUCCCUGUCCCAGUGCGGCGUGACGGGCAAGACGGUGUGUCAGCUGGCCGUGAUGCUGAACGACGCGCCCGCUCACCUCAACACACUGGCACACCUCGAUCUCUCACAUAACAACCUCAAAGAUGACGUUCAUAAUUUAUACAACUUCCUUGCACAGCCCAAUGUAUUGACACAUUUAAAUUUAACUAACACCGAGACGACGUUAGAAAAUAUAUGGGGUGCCCUACUCCGUGGCUGCGCUGCCCGCCUGUCGACUCUGCUCCUGGCUCGCAACCCGUGGUCCCAGAGCCGCCGCGCCAAGGACCCGCCGCCGUCCUUCAGACAGUUCUUCACAGCCUGCCUCGCGCUCACAGAUCUAGAUUUCUCAUACUGUAAGAUGCCGCCGGACGCUCUCAAGAGUUUGUUGUUGGGACUGGCGUGUAAUGAGAGCGCGGCGGGCGUGAAGCUGUCUUUAGCGGGGUGUUUGACGUCAUCGCAGGCGGCGCACGUGCUCGAGUCGUGUGUACACGGAGUUAGAUGUCUCAACACGCUCGACCUGUCCGACAACAGUAUGGAAUUCGAAUUAUCUGGAAUUGUAAGGGCCGUGGGGAAGAAUCACUCUAUAACGCAUUUGUCUUUAAGCAAGUUGACAGGGAAACGGUCGUACGCUCCACCUUUAAUACAGGCUUUGGUUCAUGUUUUACAAGAACCCGAUACGGCGUUGACUUCUUUAGAUCUCAGUGACUGUAAGCUUAAGAGUGAUCUAUACGGCUUAUUGAACGCGCUGGGCGGAGCGCGGAGACUGCGCGUGUUGGACGUGGGAGGCAACCUGGCGGGCGACGCCGGGGCGCGGCUACUAGCUAAGGCUUUACAAUGCAACUGUACUCUACACACGCUAUACAUAGACAGGAACGCGUUCAGUUUGCAAGGUCUAACAGACAUAUCGUCCGCGUUACGUCGCUCGGUGUCCGUUCGUCGCGUGGAGUUCCCCGGCUGUGACGCGGCGGCCGGCGGCCGAGGAGCCUCUGAGAGAGUCGCUGCUCUGUGGAGAGAACUACACGAACGGUUGGCAAGUAACAGUAGCAGCGGUCAGUGUGGUCGCGUGCGGGCCCUCGCCCUGGAGCGUGCGUGGGCGGGCGGGGAGGGCGCGGCGUCCCUGGCUGCGCAGGCGGCGGCCGCCCUACCGCCGCCCCCGCUGCCCGCCGCCCUGGAGCGAGCUGCUGCUGCCGCGCACCACCUGCUGCACCAGUACCUGCAGCGCUGUAGUGAAGUGUUCGCGGCUAUGGGCGGUUCAGUGGGCGGAGGAGAGUUGGUAACGCUACAGGCAGUGAGGGACGCUAUGGCUCCCUGCAACAACACGCUGCAAGACUUACUCAAUGAAGCUGUAGAGAGAUUGGCUGUAUCUGCCUGCGAGAGUGUGGAAUGUGCUGAAAAUGAGCGAGGACCAGCCGUUGAAACAGACAUACCCGACCUCCUCUCACCUAUAUCACACUCAGGGGCCACUCCUCUCGGCUGUCGUCGUCGUGAGCGAGGUCGCCGCGUCCGGCCCAAGUCAGUGGCGGAGCAGCAGCAGUGCAGCAGCAACGAGAUGCUGUCCCUGCCGCCGCUACACGCUGAGGCGGCCGACGGACUGGCAGACCUGCCCGCGCAUACCCUCAGGCAUCUAGUGAAAGGUCGGCCGAGGAGGGUGAAGACAAGGGCGCCCACACGACCCGUGACGGAUCAGUCGCAGGAUAUAGACGAAGGUUUGGAGGAGUUCUGGCGCACGUGUCGCACCCCGCCGGGUAGUGAGGAGGCGUCUCUAUCAGCUCGCACGCCGCUCACCUCCCGCUCGCUACACUCACUGUCCUCGCUAGCGUCCGCAUCACCCGCCUCACCAGCAUCACCCUCGCCGCUUAGACACUCACCCACACUACGACGGGACGACACAAUGUACAGUGUGACGUCCGGUGAAAGUACUCCAGUACUUUUGGAAUGUGAGGUAUCUCGCUGCAAGUCUUCCGACAACGUGGGCAGUAAGUUACCCACCACGCCGCCGCCGUCUCGCUCAUCAGACAACGUUAACACUAUGGGUGAGUGGACACACACUGACACAAGACAAUGGUUGUGUGCACUCAACACGCACUAA